AUGUCUUCACCUUAUGAUAACCGCGGCCCGUCGCGCCGCCGAAAUGGUGUCUGGAGCCACUGGGUCCCACUGGCAGUGACUGUAACCGUUGCCACUGUUGGGGUUGCGGCCUGGAUCUGGAGCCAGCGCAGCAGCGAUGAGGAGGACGAAGAGGAGGCCGUCAACCAGCAUCUGGACUACGAGCAUGCUGAUUACGGCGACAACCCCCCAUACGGUGCUACCGGCGACAAUGUGAGCGUCAGAGCUCCGCCAUCAUUCAGGAGCGACUUGAGGCCCGAGGAGGUCGGGUACGGGGUCACGCAGGCCGAUGCGAGUGCACCAGGCUGGGGAGCGCGCAUGUCCGGUGCGUUGCGACGCACGCCCAGCCCGCAAAACAUCCUUGAUCGCGCCGGGAAGACAGUCGCCGCAGGGGUAGCAGCGGCGGGCACGGCUAUGGGGAGCGCCCUGGCUGCCAUCCGGGAGGAGGACAAGGCUGCGUUCGCCGACCACGAGACGUGGUCUGAGGAAGCAGAUGCAAAGAACGAGAAGGGUCCGGCCGCGCAAGCACGCGAUUACGGCGGCAAGAAGAGAAAGACAGUAGCCAUUGUCGUCUCUGCUGACACACAACUAGACCUGGACGAAGAUGGGUAUCAUGAGCAUGCCUCAAUACUGUCGCAUAUUCCAAAGCACAAUGACUUCUCGAAAGUCAAGCUGUUCAUCUUGAUAUACGCACCUGGGCUGAAGGAUACGGUCACGGAAACCACGAGCACUCGGGCGCCAGCCUCGCUCAGCUCAUCAUUUUCUGUGGUAGGCCCUGAGCAGGCCAUAACACCAGGGGACGAAGCGAAGAGCCCGCUCCUGUCCUCGUCUAGUAACCCCGCCUUUAAUGCGGUUUACUCGCAGGCCAUCGGCCUGGUUGAGAAGGAGACUAGCGUCCUCCCAUUUACUACGCCGGCAGGCUAUGUGCACAUACUCCACCACCUUAAACCGGAAGUUGUCUACCUGCAGGAAUCCCUUGCCGGUGACAAUGGACUUCACGUGCAGAAGCUCCAAGCUUGGCUUAGAUAUGACAUUAUUCUGGUUGUGGGUGCCGAAAGUGGCCAUGGAGGCUUAGCAGACAGCGAGUCGGAGGCAGAGAGACCUGAGGAGACCCAGAAGUGGUGGCAGAAGGAGGAUCGCGUGGGCCGUGGCCGGGGAGUGAUCGUUGUGGACGGGAUGAGAGUUCCGACCACCGACGUCUCUCCUCCCCACGCGCCCAUCAUCGCAUUACACUGCAUCACAUCACCGUCUAUUUCCGCCGGCAGCAUCACUACCAUCUCGAAACCAUCCGAGCCCGCUUCCAUCAUCCACAUUGCCGUCGCCGCCGCCGUCGCACUUGGUCGCUGGCGCGAGAAUUGUCGGCCUCGCCCAUUGUCUCCGACCGCUGCACGGGAGGAGCAGGGCCACGAGAUUCUUUGA